ACUUCGCUAACUGCCGUCGCCUUCGCAGUUGUCGAUAUUGGUGUCGACACCGAAUCAUCGCCUACAUUGGCAACCACAUCCGCGUACGUCGUCUACCUGUACUUUUAUUACGAUUAGCUAGUUUGACGUUUGGUAAAUAUUUUCAUUUUCCAAAUAUUUCCUGCUUUUCGUGUGUACCCGCAAAACAGAAAGAGUGUAAUAAUAUAGGGGCAUUUUGUUGUUUGCAUUUUUCUAUUCAAGCAGUUUAAAAAAGUCAAGCUUUCUUGUUUAAUUUUGUAAAAAUACAUUUCCUGGCGUCCAACAAGUUGGUCGAAAUAUUGUGAAAAAGUGCAGUGAUAUUUGUGGAGAAGUGCUCGUUCGUUCGCACCAAUACCUAUUCGAUACAAAGCGGCAAGAUCAAAACCUUGGGAUUAUAAAUGCUCAAAAUGGAAAUUGAAGUGGGGAAUCCCUCAACGCCUCCUACCUCAUAUAGCGAAAAUGCCAAAAAUUUCUUCUCGUUUCACUGGAAGGGUUUAGUCGUAUUCCUAACACCACUCCUUGCCCUCCCUGUCAUGCUGAUGGACAACACGCCCGCAUAUCGUUGCAUGUAUUUGCUGUUGGUUAUGGCAGUUUAUUGGGUUACUGAGGCAUUGCCACUUUACGUCACCUCUAUGAUACCAAUAGUCGCGUUUCCCAUUAUGGGGAUAAUGAGCUCAGACCAGACUUGCCGGUUGUAUUUCAAGGAUACCUUAGUGAUGUUCAUGGGUGGCAUUAUGGUGGCUCUUGCAGUCGAGUAUUCAAAUUUACAUAAGCGUUUGGCAUUACGAGUUAUUCAGUUGGUUGGUUGCAGUCCAAGAAGAUUACAUUUUGGGCUUAUUGCCGUGACAAUGUUUAUAUCGAUGUGGAUUUCCAAUGCUGCCUGCACAGCAAUGAUGUGCCCAAUUAUACAAGCUGUUUUGGAAGAACUUCAAGCGCAAGGAUUAUGUAAAAUGACACAGGAGCCUAAAUAUCAAAUUGUCGGAAAAAAGAAUAAUACUGCAGAAGAAGAACCACCAUACCCAUCCAAAAUGACAUUGUGCUACUUUCUGGGUAUCGCUUAUGCUUCGUCUAUGGGAGGAUGUGGCACUAUUAUUGGCACAGCAACAAAUUUAACUUUUAAAGGCAUUUAUGAUGGUCGUUUCCCAACAUCUUCGGAGCAAAUGGACUUCGCCACAUUCAUGUUCUAUUCUGUACCCUCAAUGUUGGUAUACACGGGUCUGACAUUCGUUUGGCUACAAUGGCACUUUAUGGGGUUAUUCCGUCCAAAAAGCAAAGAAGCUGAGGAAGUUAGAAUGGGUCAGAAUGGCGCUGAUGUUGCAAAAAAAGUUAUCGAUCAACGUUAUAAGGAAUUGGGUCCAAUGAAAGCGCAUGAAAUUCAAGUUAUGAUUCUUUUCAUUUUCAUGGUUGUUAUGUAUUUUACACGUAAGCCCGGAAUUUUUCCUGGUUGGGCUGACUGGCUCAACGCAAAAGAUAUUCGUAAUUCAAUGCCAACGAUAUUUGUAGUAGUCAUGUGCUUCGUUUUGCCAGCAAAUUAUGCUUUCUUACGAUAUUGUCUAUGCAAACGUCCGUUCACUACUGCUCCCACGCCAUCGUUGGUUACAUGGAAAUUUAUUCAAUCAAAGGUACCAUGGGGUCUUAUUUUCUUGCUUGGUGGCGGUUUCGCACUCGCUGAGGGUAGCAAAGUCAGCGGUAUGGCCUCCAUGAUUGGCAACGCCCUGGUUGUGUUAAAGAGCCUCCCCCACCCCGUUCUGCUAUUGGUAGUGAUUUUAGUGGCUGUGUUUUUGACGGCGUUCAGCUCUAACGUAGCAAUCGCAAAUAUUAUUAUUCCCGUAUUAGCUGAAAUGUCAGUGGCAAUUAAAAUCCAUCCUCUAUACUUGAUAUUACCGGCUGGUCUUGCCUGCAGUAUGGCUUUCCAUUUGCCAGUGAGUACACCACCUAACGCACUGGUUGCCGGUUAUGCAAAUAUUAGAUCAAAAGACAUGGCAAUCGCUGGUAUUGGUCCAACAGUCAUCAGUAUAGUCGUGUUGUACGUUUUCAGUCUCACGUGGGGUGCGGUGGUGUACUCUAACUUGAAUUCAUUCCCCGAAUGGGCGAUCACACCGGUUUUAAAUGCAACUACACAUUAAUCGUCUACGCUGCCUUUUGGGUAUAGAUUUUAUGGUAUGCGAUGUAUACAUAUCAUCUAAAUUUUCAAAAAAUAUUUAUGUCAAAUAUACAAAAUGUGACGUCAUUAAGUAACUGAAAGAAAAUAAGUGUCUACAAGAAGCAUUAGCUUUUGCUACCGCAUAAACAAAAGUGCCUACAUAUUGAUGUCACCUUAAUCCUCGUUAGGCAAAGCAAUUAAGUACCGAUUAUGACAACAAUUUUGAAUUUGAGGUUUCUAAGUUCUUAAAAUCUGUUUUAUCUAGUACCCAAGUUGAUGAAAAUGAAAUUUGAUGUAAACAGAUUGCACACUCGCAUAGCAAUUAUAUAUGUUAUACGAGUAUAAUAAAUAUUUUGUAUGAAUUUGGAUACUUAAAUGAAAGUUAAACUGAUACCGAUAUUUACAUAUAUGUACGUAUGUUAUAUUAUUAUAUAAAACUGUAUAUAUUGAAAAAGUUGUUCUGAUAAUUAUACAUCCAGUUUUAAAUCAAAAAGAACAACGCCAACAAAUUGUGACUUCUGUAAACCUCAUAUAUAUGUUACUUAUGCGUUUACACUGCAUUUAUAGUAGAAAGAAUUGAAAGUACGAAUAGUUUUAUAAUGAAUAGUCAAAUGUGAAAAUAUAAAAUACACUUAUAAUAUUUACAUUUUAUAUUUAAAAGUAAGCGAUCUUGGAAUUGACAAAAUGCAACAAGUGUACUAAUUAUUGGCAAUAUAUAGUAUAUGUGCGUGUUACAAAUAUUUAUAUGUAGACUGUAUAUUAAAAAAUAGACUGAAAAAUGGUGCAAAAGAGUCUAAAAUUGGAAGAUAUUUGUUAUAGUACAGGAUACAAAAUUAUUUUAUUUUCGCACAACAUUGUACUUAUAAAUUUUUGACAAAAUUUUAAAUUUGUAAGUAUUGUAAUCGUAAUAUAUUCAGUCAUAAUAUUAAACAACAAAUAAAGGCACAAAAACUAUUUUCUUAUUAA